AUGACACAGGUAAGGAUCUUGGAGACUCCCCGCCCCCAGGAGGAGGAGCAUCCCCAUAUUAUAUCCCAAGAUGCAACCAGCAAGAAUUUCGGCAGCAAUGCGAAUCAGGUCCGCUCCACCCGCUCCACGUCCUCCAUGACUCGGUCAAGCACAGAUGGUAUUACUGCCGACGAUGGAAUCCGCAACAUUCGCUCUCGGUUGGUUCAACACUCUGGCAGGCGCAGUGACACCACCAUGGAGCUGGGAGACGAUGACCCUGGCUUGCGUAUGCCUGGCGACUUCAAACAGAAGCAGGUAUUCACUGGGAGAAGGCUUCUGUGGCUCUCGUAUCAAUCAAUCGGUGUCAUCUAUGGCGACAUCGGGACGAGCCCACUUUAUGUUUACUCGUCGACCUUCACCUCGGCCCCCUCACGCCGAGACAUCAUAGGAGUGCUGUCGCUUAUCAUCUGGAGCCUGUUUCUGAUGGUAACAGUGAAAUAUGUGUUCAUCAUCCUGCAUGCGGAUAACGAUGGCGAGGGAGGCACAUUCAGCACGUAUUCGCUGCUCAGCCGCUAUAUGAACAUCACCAAUCGUGAUCCCCGGGAGGCAUCUCUUAUCGAGAUGAAAAGACAUCUGUCGGGCGACCUCAAAGCAAGCACUAGAACAGCGCGCCAGCGUCUGGAGUCAAGCAAGUGUGCAAGGGCUAUUCUCAAAGCAGUGGGAGUGUUGGCAGUGACCAUGGUCAUCUCCGACGGACUCCUCACCCCUGCUCAAUCAGUUCUGGGAGCCGUCCAGGGAAUCAAAGUGGUGGAUCCAGAUAUCAACAAGAGCACUGUGAUCGGGGUCACCAAUGCGAUUCUGAUCAUACUUUUCUGCGUUCAGCCGCUGGGAAUUUCCAAACUUACGUAUGCGUUCUCACCCAUCGUCAUCAUCUGGCUUGGCUUCAAUGCUGUUUUCGGGGUAUACAACCUGGUCAAAUACGACGCCGGCGUGUUCGAGGCGUUCAACCCCGGUUGUGGUUUUGAAUUCCUGAUCCACCACGGAGAACACGGGUGGAAGAUGCUCGGUGGCAUUUUGCUCUCCUUUACAGGAGUUGAGGCUCUCUUCGCUGACCUGGGAGCAUUCAGUCGGAGGGCUGUCCAGCUAAGUUGGCUGCUCUACGCAUUUCCCUGUCUACUGCUUGCAUAUAUCGGGCAAGCAUCAUACAUCAGCGUUCAUCCAGAUGCAUAUUCGAACCCCUUUUUCAACGCAGCGCCUCCGGGAACCGUUUAUCCGGCGCUGGUUAUAGCAAUACUAGCAGCAAUUGUCGCGUCGCAAGCCAUCAUAACUGCAACAUAUCAGCUCCUUGUCCAAAUAAUGAAGCUCUCUUACUUCCCGCAGAUCAAAGCAAUUCACACGUCGUCAAUUUUCCAUGGCCAGUUAUAUGUUCCCGCCGCCAACUGGUUACUCAUGAUUGGAACAAUACUAGUCGCCUCCAUAUAUAACAACACUACAUCCCUCGGCAACGCGUACGGCGUCUGCGUCAUGUUUGUCACCUUCUUUGACACCUGCGUGGUCUCGUUAGUUGCAAUUUUCGUCUGGCGCGUCAGCCCGUUCAUCGUCUUUCUGCCCUGGCUCAUCAUCUCCUGUCUCGACGGCGCAUACCUGUCUUCCGUACUGACAAAGGUCCCUGACGGGGCCUGGUUCACACUGGCUCUCUCAGCGGUGCUCGCAUUUCUUUUCCUUCUGUGGAGGUUCGGUAAGGAGCAGCAAUGGUUGGCGGAAGCGCAAGAUCGUUACCCCACGUCACACUUUGUCAAAAUAACAACCUCCGGUCUUGGAAACAGUCAGGCUCAGACGCAGCAGCAGGAGCAGCCACCGUCGCUGAUUCAAGUGCAUCUUACAGACCGCUUCGGAAGCGCUCCCGUUAGCAUCACCCGUGGGCUGGGCAUCUUCUUCGACAAAGCCGGCGAAACUACCCCUAUUGUCUUCAGCCAGUUCGUGCUCAAGCUCACCGCGAUGCCCGAGGUAACUGUUUUCUUCCACUUACGGCCCCUGGAGAGACCCUCCGUGGCGUUGGAUGAGCGGUAUACGGUGUCGCGACUCGCCAUCCCUCACUGCUACAGACUUGUCGUGCGAUAUGGAUACAAUGAUGAGAUCAUUACGCCGGAUCUAGCAAGCGUAAUUGUGGAGCAGAUCAAAUGGUAUUUGGUCCAGCAGGGGAGGGAAGGGAGGUUGGCAGCUCCGUCACAAUUACCGGUAGUGACCCCAACGGAGUCUGAUGAGAAAGCUCCCAAAAAUACACCCUCCACUGCUUCAGCCUCCUUAUCCAAACCCUCCUCCACCAACCUCGCCACGACAGUGCCAAAGCAACAGCAACUUGGCGUGGACGCUAUUAAUGAGGCACUUACCAAGGUCGAAUCGGCACAUUCACACAAAGUGCUGUACAUCAUCGGCAAGGAACAGAUGAAGCUCCGGCCCAAGACGAAUUAUGUUCGAUGGACGUUGUUGCAGAUAUUUUUGUGGAUUAGGGAGAACACGCGGACGAAGAUGGCGAAUCUGAAGGUGCCGACUGAUAAGGUUAUCGAGGUGGGGUUUUUGAAAGAUAUUUAG